AUGCCUCUCCUUACUUACCACCGCUCGUCUUCGACCAAAGGCCUUGCCAGCAUCACCACAUUGAUCGUCGGUACAAAAGAGGCUGUCCUGAUCGACGCUCCCUUCCUGAUCCUAGACGCCAAGGAUGUAGUUGAAUGGGUCAAAGCAACAACCAAGAACCCGCUGAAAGCCCUAUUCGUCACCCACCACCAUCCCGAUCACUUCUUCUCAGCAAACCCCAUCCUCGAGGCAUUUCCCGAGGCCAAGUUCUAUGCCGCCCCAUAUGUUCUCGCCGGUAUUAAUCGCGAGUACGAAGACAAGGUGAAAUUCUGGCCGACUGUCUUCCCAAACUGUGUACCCGACGCCCCGCGUAGACCGGAGGAGUUUAACUUUAGCUUUUUUAUGCUGGAGGGCAACCUAGAUAGUCCGGUCGUUCUCCUUGGCCCACUACAGGGUGACUCGGUCGAUCAUACGCUCUUCUGGCUGCCGACUGAAAGGACGAUUGUAUGUGGAGAUACUAUCUAUGGACGAAGCACACACGUGUGGUAA